AUGACAAGACCGAUCGAAGACAUUCAACAAAAUAUAGAUCAAACUUUCAAUUUGGUCGUUGAAGAUUUUAUUUUAAUGAUCGAAAAUGAUGUUACAAAAAUCCAUGCUCUGAGCAAUAUUAAAACUUCAAAUGAUAAUUCUAACAGUGUUCUUAAUGAUGACAGAUUUCGACAUUUCACACUCACUAAGAAACGUAAAAGAAACAUUGGUCAAUAUCUGGAAGAAAAGAGAAAAAUUAAAGUAAAGGAGGAAAGAAAAAGCGCUUUGUUAGCUGCCUCUGAAAUACAAAUUAAACGAAAUAGUUUGACACAUCUUCAAGAAAAGGUUAACAGUUUACAAGCAAAAUAUGAGAUUUAUGAGUGUGAAAAUAAUGAUGACAGAUCUCUUGUAAUUACUUCGGAAGCUUUAAGUAAAGCUAAA